AUGGAAGAUGCUUCGGAAGAUGUCACUUCUGAGUUGUUGGACGCGUUGCUUUCAGGCUGGGCUGCUGGUGGACACGUCCGGGAAUGUUUGACUGAAGACCACAUGAAGAUACGCCUUGGCAGAGGGUUUGAGCCUGGAAAUUCCCACAGCCCCACGGUCACCUCUUUGGCGCCCCAUCUCAGGGACAAAUUCCAAGAGGUUGGAGGACACCGGGAACUGGCAUCCACGUGGAGACAUGCGCAAACUCCAAAACUCUUGGCCGCCGUGUGCGGCCUCCGGUCCCUCGGCGCCUGCCAAGCCUCGCUGUUUCACGAAGGUUUCCACCUUUCCCAAAAGAAGAUGAGCUGCUCCGUGGUGCAGCGUUUGGGGCUUGGUGUCCUCGUAUCUGCUCUCGCUUCGGGAUACGUCGAGUGCAUCGCUUCGGGCUACGCCUCAUGCAUCGCUUCGGGGUCCACAGUUUUGGCCCUGCAAGUGGCCUUGGCCAAGCUCCUUGAUAGCGCUGUGAAACCUGGAGCGCAAGGACCGUCGCCGCUCCUGGGAACGUUGCAGACCUUGCCGCCACAGGGGGCUCGUCAGGUGAUGACUCGGAUAUCCAAGCUCUAUAGCGUGGUUGUUGGCAUGCUGGUGUCUGCUGAGAGCAAGUGUCUGGGCGAUCCUUUGCUAGAACUGCUUGCCCAGCUCCAGUUGAUCUCAGGCACACCACUUCGAUCGCUGCGCCAGGCGGCCAGUGCCGCAGCGCUGGGCGCCCUGCAGGCGCUCUUGGCGGAGCGCCACGUGGCGCGUGGAGCCUUGGCGGAGUUGGAAACGCAGAAGCGAGCGCUAAUGGAUGCAGCAGGUGAUGCCGCCGCCGCCGCGCGCCUCGCGCGGCUCUGCCGAGGUACUGCGCAGCUGGAAGCAUUGACGCAGCAGAUGGACGUGGAGGUCGGAAAGAUGCAGGAGCGAGUUCUGUUGCCACGGCUCCAAGACACCGCUGCGAUUCUGAGGAGGUUCACCUUGAAUGCCUUGGGUCGCUACAUGCAACUGAAGUUCCUGUGGACACCCGAGCGCAUCCUCCAAGGCUUCUUCGAUCCAGCUCCAGAAGUCAGACUUCAAGCCAUUGAAAUUGCAGGUGCUUGGUUUGAGGGUGACCUGGAUGACUCUGCUCUUGUACGAGAGGCGGCAAGUCACCUGGCGGAGCGCAGCCGCGACAGCGAGCCACGCGUCAGCGCGGCGGCGUUGCGGCACCUCAGGCACCCGGUCUUGGUUUCUCAGCUCUCCGACGACGACUUCGCACGGGUGGCCAAUCUCGCGUUGACGGCGCCGGAUAGCCACGGCCUGCUCAGAGUGGAAGCGGCCCUCUUUGUGGAGCAGCACUUGCUGCCAGAACCAGGCCUUGGUAUUGCCGCCAAAAAGCAACCUGGGGAGGAAGGGGACGACCUGGAACGGCACUUCAUCACCGAGCAUGGUUUAAUGGCAGUUGCAGACUUUUUGACCAGCUACCUCCCGGAGAACGACCAGCUACAUCUCUCACGACGCUUUGUGGAGGCCCUGUGGCUGCGCACCGACGCCUUUCGCCGCUGGUCCGCCUUGGCGGACUUGUGUCUACUGGGUGAAGGGCAGGGCGCAGCCAGGGGGGUGCCAUGUCUCCCCAACCGACAACGCCUUGCUUUGCUGGUGGUCUUGGAUGCAGCCCUCAAGUGUGCGGAGGUGCCCGGCGAUGCCACAGAAGCAUUGCUACCGCGGCUUCCCAGGCUCUUUGAGCUUUUCACUGCAGAGGGGCUCUGUUUCCUGGAUGUGCUGGCGUCGAUUUCACGUCGCCUGAUUUGCGCUGCAUGUCAAAAGGACGAGGCGCUUCCCCGCGCCCUGCUGGUUGCACUGCUCAGCGCGCUGCGCACGCGCCGCAGCGGCGUUCAUGCCAUGCUGCAGCUGGCGGAAGCGCUGGUGGCCUGGGCUGAGAGGAGUUCGGAGGUGCAAACAGCCACCAGGCAGCUGGUGCUGGAUCUCUACAGCUCCCUAUCUCUUCAGCUCAGUUCUCCCACCUCGGAGCUGAGCCAAGUGCUAGGGCCUCUGCUGGCGCUGGGGCACCGGGGGGUGGACCUAUGG